CUUUAAAAACAUCCACAUUGUUCCGUCCAUCAGUAACAUCUGGUUAUCAAACCGGGGUACUGUGGCUACAUUUUCCUGUUUUUCGGCACAUUUUUUAUUCUCCUCCAUCCCCGGGAAGGACAGAAAUCAAAGUUUAUAGUUCUUUCUUGCGUGAACUCAAAACCCGAACAUGCCCAGCAAGAGGAAGAAGAACAAGCGCCGCAUGAGAAGGGUGCAGGCCCAGAGGAGAGUCCUUGAGGAGCAGCAUUCUACUGGCGCAGGCAAAGGAACCCCAGGAGUGGCUGCCGUGGCACCCCCCCUUGAAAUAUUAAAUUGUCCCCCCCUUCUCUCACCCCCUCCAGUAGUAAAGGUCCCAGUCGUAAAGCCCCCUGAAAUAUCCAAUUGUCACCCCCUUAUUCCCCCCACUAUAGUAGUAAAGGUCCCAUUCGUACAGCCACCGGCCCCAGUCAAAGUACCUGAGGCUGUGGUGACGGUGGUAGAGCCUGAAGUGGUAGCAGCUGAGAUUGAAGUUGAGACCCCAGUCGAAGCUCCAGUGGAGGUUGAAGUCGAGACCCCUGAAGAAGUUCCAGAAGAAGUCCCAGUCGAGGCCCCAGAAGAAGUCCCAGUCGAGGCCCCAGAAGAAGUCCUAGUUGAGGCCCCAGAAGAAGUCCUAGUUGAGGCCCCAGAAGAAGUCCCAGUCGAGGCCCCAGAAGAAGUCCCAGUCGAGGCCCCAGAAGAAGUCCCAGUCGAGGCCCCAGAAGAAGUCCCAGUCGAGGCCCCAGAAGAAGUCCCAGUCGAGGCCCCAGAAGAAGUCCUAGUCGAGGCCCCAGAAGAAGUCCCAGUCGAGGCCCCAGAAGAAGUCCCAGUCGAGGCCCCAGAAGAAGUCCCAGUCGAGGCCCCAGAAGAAGUCCCAGUCGAGGCCCCAGAAGAAGUCCCAGUCGAGGCCCCAGUCGUAGAAGCAGAAGCUCCUGUUGAGCCCCCUACAGAAGAAACUGCAGCAGGGCAGGAAGUUGAAGAAAGCAUAAUUCCAGAGACUGAGCCAGUAACUGAGGCCAUACCCAUUCCUGAGGCCCCUGUGUCAGCUCUUGCUGAAUUUAAGGUUCAGGUCGCAAACUCCGUAGCCAUUACCACAGAGAUCGCACAGACUCAUGAUGAGCCGUGGCUCGAGGCUGAAGUGGAGGCUGAAAUAGUUGACGAGGUCCAAGCGAAAGUAGAGGCAGUAGUAGAGGAAGAACCAGAGCCCGAUCCCAUGGUCAAGGCCGAAGCUGCCCCAGUUGUAGAAGCUGAACUUGAACUGUCGGGAAUCAAAGACGGAGACAGUCCUAUCGUCAAAGCUGAAGCCAUUCCUGAAGAUAUUGAUGUAGAAGAGCAUGAGACUGUUAUGACAGAGGCACCUGAAGAGGUUCCAGUGGAGACAGAAAUUAUCCCAGAAAAGCUGUGGAAGCCCGUGGAAGCACCGAUUGAAGAAGCCCCCAUAGCCGAGGUCGCUCCAGCAGAGCUCCUCGUAGAGGCCUCAGUAGACCCUGUCAUCAACACAAUGGCUGACUUUGCCAUCACAGAAUCUGUUCCCGUUGUGGAAGCAGCCAUGGCUGAACAGGUGCCCGCAGUCUCAACGGAUUCACUUGACGCCCUAUCGGAGUUGCUGAUCGACAUCACUCUAGUCACUGAGCCCGCCCCUGUCACAGCUGAUAAAGUCAUUGACGCUAAAGAGGAAAUUGGAGCCCAGAUGGAAAUCGAGGCUAAAAAGGAUGCAAUAGAUGAGAAGACGGUCCUUGACGUCAUCUCUGGAGAUUUAUCUGCCCCCCACCCUGUUAUCUCAGAACUGCAGUGUCACACGCAGCUCGCCGCCCCCAAGGAUAUCCCAACAGAGGCAGUGCUGAAUGGACAGAUGGCAGCUGAGGUGGCUAUUGAGGGAUAGAUCUCUAUGGAUUUCCUCAGUCAGUAUGAAGGACUAAAGAGAGCCUGACAGUGAGCCGACCAGCGAACUUUACUUUUCAUUUUUUAGGGCUUAAAGGAACCGCUGGGAAAUUUGACAGACAUCCAACACUCAGUGCCUUUCUUGCUUGGGUUCUUACAAAAAAAAUAUUAAACAAGUUUAAAAUGCAAUAUGAAGGUGGGGGAAUAAGACUUUUUUGUUGUUGAUCAGAAUGUGAGACAAUUUGGAAUAAACAAAUGAUGGCUUUCAUAGAUUUCUGUAUCCCAUUGCAUAUAUUGUGGAUUUGCCUCAAUUGUAAAUGGCAUGCAUUGUGUAUGAAUACUGUAGAAUUAAAGAAUGUGGCAAUGGCUUGUCUUCAUAUGUUUGUAUGGAUGAGAGGGAUUAAUUCCUCGUUUCCUGUUUUAACCUGGUUUGAUUCCUUUUUGUGAAGGGACAGUAUGGCAGUUUGUACAGUACCAUAGCGACCCCCUCUUCUCCCUAUCCCCAUUGUGGUACUUUUGAUUUUUCAGGGACUGUAUGAUGACAGCUCCACCCUCUUUACUGUGUAGUGUCAGUGUGUCUACAGUCCCAAGUCUGUCCUGGGCAAUGUGAAAUGGUGUGUAGUUUUAGGUCCUCUGACCAGAUGCUCUUAACAUUUAAUUACCUAUGCUGCCAAUUUAAAAUAGAGUACGGGGGCCUGUAGAUCCUGUUUUUAGUUUUUCUUUUUCUGUUUUGUAUAGACCAUAUGAUGUGGUACAACCGCUGUUUGUGUUCAGUUACGUGCUCUGGAAGAGACCAUGGAGUUGUCAUGUAAUUGAGGAGCUGGGUUGGAUUUCAUUCACCUUUUUGAAUAAAGAUGUUACUCACCAAG